CCUAUGGGGCUGCGCGCGCGACAGGCCGAAAAGGCGGCGCGAGGCGCCUUGCGCGCCCCCUCUCCGCACCUCGCUCCCCUCCCCCGCCCCCUCCCCCCUCCCCUCCCCGCUCGCGCUCGCGCUCGAGCCGGAGUCGCGAGACUGGCUGCGGCGGCCACGUAGCGCUGCGGCGGCGGUUGGGGGGAGCGCGAGCCGCGUCCGGCGGCGGCGGCGGGGCCUGGGCCUGGGCCUGAGGCGGCGGCGGCUACUCGAGGGCCGCGGCGGCCGCGCGGAGGGAGGAAGGGAGGGCCCCGGCCGCCCUCCCCCCGCCCCCCCGCCCGCCCGGCAUGGACGGCGGCGGCGGCGGCGCCUCGGAGCGGCUCGGCCUGAUAAAAUGUCUGGAGGUUCAUUGACGACUUUCUUCAGAAGAAUAAUUACUACUGCUCUGAUCUUGCCAUAAUACCAGAAUUCCAUGACCUAUGCUUCAGUGCUAAACACCAGGAAAGAAUCAUACUUUGGCCAUUCUGUGUAGGUGGAGCAGGCCUCAUUGCUGAAAGCCCAUCCUGUUUUAAAGCUGCUUAUUUGGUUUUCUAGGAUCAAAGGUGCUCAAUGAAUCGGAGCCCCCCCAAUGAGUCAAACAACCAAUUCUUGCCAACAGCUGGUUGAAAACUGUGCCGUGCAUGUAGCAGGAAUGGCGCAAGAAGAUAGCCAUCGUGGUCAGGUGCCACCCACUUUUUAUCAUGGUGCCAGCCAGGAACUUGAUCUGUCCACCAAAGUAUACAAAAGGGAGUCAGGAAGUCCUUACUCUGUGUUGGUGGAUACCAAAAUGAGUAAACCACAUCUCCAUGAAAGAGAGGAACAACCAUAUUUCAGGGAGAACAGAUCAGUAGGAGAGGUCCGGGCUGUGAAAGAAGAUAGAGAAAACUCUGACGACUCUGAGGAGGAAGAGGAGGAAGAAGAUGAAGUGACUUACAAAAGGGAGCAGAUUAUAGUAGAGGUAAACCUUAACAACCAAACAUUAAAUGUAUCAAAAGGGGAGAAGGGUGUCCCCUCCCAAUCCAAAGAGACUGCUGUUCUUAAGACCAGCAGUGAGGAAGAGGAGGGUGACAGUGGGGAAGAGGCUACUGAAGACAGUAAUGAUGAUGAGGAAAAUGAGAGGCAGAAGAAAAAAGAGAAAAGAGUGGAGAAAGUUAGUGUUGCACAAAGGAGAACAAGGAGAGCUGCUUCUGCUGCAGCAGCCACAACUUCCCUAUCGCCCAGAACUACAAGGGGCCGUAGAAAGAGUGUGGAGCCCCCCAAACGUAAGAAGAAAGCUGCAAAGGAGCCCAAGGCACCUGUGCAGAAAUCAAAGUGUGAAGAAAAGGAGACUUUGACCUGUGAGAAGUGCCCCAGGGUGUUUAACACACGCUGGUACCUGGAGAAGCACAUGAACGUCACUCACAGGCGCAUGCAGAUCUGCGACAAAUGUGGGAAGAAAUUUGUUCUAGAAAGUGAGCUGUCCCUUCACCAGCAAACAGACUGUGAAAAAAACAUUCAGUGCGUUUCCUGUAAUAAAUCAUUCAAGAAGCUCUGGUCCCUCCAUGAACAUAUCAAGAUUGUCCACGGAUAUGCAGAAAAAAAAUUCUCCUGUGAGAUUUGUGAAAAGAAGUUCUACACCAUGGCCCAUGUGCGAAAGCACAUGGUUGCACAUACAAAGGACAUGCCAUUUACAUGUGAAACCUGUGGAAAAUCAUUUAAGCGCAGUAUGUCACUUAAAGUGCAUUCGUUACAACAUUCUGGAGAGAAACCUUUCAGAUGUGAGAACUGUGAUGAAAGGUUUCAGUACAAAUACCAGCUGCGGUCCCACAUGAGCAUCCACAUUGGGCACAAACAGUUCAUGUGCCAGUGGUGUGGCAAAGACUUCAACAUGAAACAGUACUUUGAUGAACACAUGAAAACACACACUGGAGAGAAGCCCUUUAUCUGUGAAAUCUGUGGCAAAAGCUUUACUAGCCGCCCAAACAUGAAGAGACACCGCAGAACUCACACAGGAGAGAAGCCCUAUCCAUGUGAUGUGUGUGGCCAGCGAUUUCGCUUCUCCAACAUGCUCAAGGCCCAUAAGGAAAAGUGCUUUCGUGUCACAAGCCCUGUUAAUGUGCCACCUGCUGUCCAGAUUCCACUAACCACAACUUCUCCUGCUACCACAGUCCCUUCUGUAGUGAACACACCCACCACCCCAACUCCACCAAUCAAUCUGAACCCAGUGACCACACUUCCUCCACGUCCUAUCCCCCAUCCAUAUUCGCACCUUCACCUCCACCCUCACCAUCCACACCAUCUCCCAGUUCCCCCAGUUCCUCAUCUACCCCCACCUCCUGCUCUCUUUAAGAGUGAGCCUUUAAAUCAUAGAGGCCAGAGUGAGGACAACUUUCUGCGACACUUGGCAGAAAAGAACAGUUCAGCACAACACCACUAAUAUUUUUGCUUCCUGCCACCUGUUUUCCCAUUUUAUGCAUAUGGAAAUAUGUUCUCCUGGAAAUUGCAGAGGGAGAGCUGGUGAGGAUCUUUCCGUCUAUCGCGCCUCCCAGCAGAACAUCCUGAUAUUUCCAUGAAUCAGUUAACAAACAAGGAAGUUGAAUUGGCGGUGGUCAUUUGAACCAGAGGAACCAACAGGUCGAAACCCAAUUUACUUGUGUUUUACUGGGGACUUUUUUAAAUUUCAAAUACUCAGACUUGUGGAAUUUUAUAAUUUCAUAUCAGCUGAUGAGGUAUGCUUGCUUUUAUAUCCUGGACUUCUCCUCAAAGAGGAGAUAGGCCUGGUUUCCUUUGUACUAAUCGGAAAGGCUGUGAGAUUUAAUACAGAGCAUUAAUUGUAUCACUGUGUAUCGUAAUGAGUUCUUUUCAGCUUUUGGUGCUGGCUAUGGAGUGAGCCAGCCACGUAUCACAGUAUAACAAGCAUUAUAGAGAAAGACAAAAAAAUUCUUGUUUGUGUAGCUCUCCUAACGCACUCUUUAUUUUACUACAGAAAUUAUUUUAGAGUUUUUUGUAUAGACCUAUUUAGUAGUCUGUUUCUAAAAUGAAAUGUAUUUCAAUAAGCAGUGUAAUUUUUUCAGUGUAGCUGGACCUAUGUUGUAUAAUAGAUACAUUUUUAUAAUCAUCAAAAUGUGAUUCUUAAAAGAUGCAUAUAGCUUCUAUAGUUAAAGUUAUUCUUACAUCCAUACAACUCAAAAGGUGCUUCAGAGAAGAGAGGAAUCCAAGAAGUUCCUGGCAAGGCUUCCUCAGAAGUGGUGUUGAUUUCAGAGCUUUCAUAUAAUUUAUUUACUGGGGGGCUUUUUUGUUUUUGUUUUUUGUUCGUUUGGGUUUUUGUUUGUUUUGUUUGUUUGUUUUUUUUUAAACCUUCCCUUUCCUUUUCCACAGUCUCUUAGGUUUAUGGGACAAGGAUAUUGAGAUACCAUAUUCCUGCUCUGCAGAUUUCACUUAGAUCAGUUGGACUGAAGUGUGGAAUGGGUUAGAAAGGGAUACACUCCUUACAAGUGAAGAGAUCCAAUAGUUCAUGAGUUGUGAAGUCACAGGUGAGUGAGAGAUCUGACAUCAGAGAGGAUUUAAACUAUCUCAAGCCAGCCAAGCAUCUUUUCUCUCUAUGUAGGAGAGCCUGGUUUUCAUGGCUUUUUGAAUGGUAUGAUUUUAAUUUUGGGACAUAUCAAAUGCUGCUCUUUCAGAUUUUUUUUUUUAAUUCCUGAGUUGUUAGGAGAGGGAAAUUAUGCGAGUGUCAUAAAUAUGUUUCUGAUCGGUUGGUUGUAAGAUUGCGCAGACGAGAAAUUUGAAUGGGAAAAUGGUCUUGUUAAACAAAAUGCUGAUAGCUCUGUGUCUACGGUAUGAAGCUCUAUCCCAUAAUCAUAGUAUGUGUAUAAAAUAUGGGAUGAUUUGUAGGGGUUCAUAGUCAUGGUUUUUGGCAAAUCUGUUUUACAGUAAUAGGAUAGAAAACUUUGAAUUUUAGGCAUGUCACAGUUUCAUAAUCUUGGAAGCCACUGAGUGAAUGACAAUGGCAAGUUUGGUACAGGAAUGGUGGGCUGGAAAGCCAAAUGUAUUAGUUUUAACCAGUGAGUGGCUGUUAUUUUUCAGCUUUGUAUUUCUCUUUAACUGAAAUUGAGUAUAGCAGCAUUAUGCAAUCUAGGUAAUGGUUGCCACCUUCAGUGAUGACACAGGCCCAAGGCCAUGUACCAUAAGCUUUUUUUUUUAUUUUUAUUUUUUAAACAAUUUCCUUCUAUUUUGUGCUGCUUAAUAAAUCAAGUACCACUCAACUCCACAUCCAGAAACCCCAGCGGACAAAUGUCUAACUUGCCAUUUCAGUUGUUCCUGAACUAGACUUUUGUGGCUGACACUUCUUCAGUCUUCAAAGUAGUAGAAACUGUGGAAAUUCUUCCCAGCGUUAUUUUCUCAAGGUUAAUGCUGUUAAGCAUGGUAUUUUGAAAUACCAUGUUUUUGUUCUUUUUUAAAUUAGCUCUUUUAAUAUUUUGAAUUUCUACGAUCAAACUGUUAAUGUUAUUUCAUAAAAAUAUAAGAAAUUUUAGGAACAGAAAAAGGCAGUCUCAUACCUAUACAUUUAUGACUGAACUUGAACCCCCAGCAUUUCUGAAAAAAAUAAAAAAUGUUUGUUUUUCUAAAAAAAAAAAAAAUGUUUCUCUAUAAUAUUUAUAUAUACCCUAUCUCGGAGGUGAUAAAGCAAGUUAUGAAGGUGAACUUACACUUAUGAUUACAACUGUUGUACUUACUGUGGCGGGUCUGCCUGGAGGUUCUAUGCAUUCCACAUCAUGUUUGCAACCUAAGUUUCUGUGGUGCCACUAUUUUAUGGUCAGGCCUGUUAUUAAAUGAUUUUUCAAUGCUAAAAGAAAUCUUAGCAAAUCACUUGUAUUCCAGUUUUGCAAAAUGAUUUUCUUCUCAAUAAAUUUACAGUAUUAGGCUACUAUUAUGUGAUGCAUAGUAACAGCACAUCUUGGGUUUCAUUUGAUUUUGUCACUAAGUUAUAUGAACUUCUACUAUUCUAUGGAAAGAAGUAAAAUUGGCUCCCAAAAUGAGCUUUCAUAAUCGCAUUCUGAAUAGAUUUUCAUGGUGUACGACCUAUAACUUUGAGAGAUUCUCUUUAAUCAUCUGGGGACAAAUUAAAAAUUAAUCUGAUGUUGUUCUGAAAUUCCUGCAUUAUUGUGCCAUAAAAACACAGGCUAGAGUAACAGAAAAGUUUGAAUGGUACACAGAUCAGGAAAUUCAAAGGAGAGAUUUGCCAUGGCUACUUGAUCAUGCCUAAAAUAGCUUGAUGAAUUUAUAUUAGUAUGAAUCUUCUUUCAUAGGGUUCACACAACACUGGGGAAUAUGCUAAAACACUUGUCUAAUAGUUGCCAAUAUAUGUGAAGAAACUAAGCAUAAAUGUAUGUAUUAGCUUUAAUGCAUGAGUGUCCUUUAGUUUUCUAAAGAGUUUCCUGGGGUAUAUUAAGAGUUAUUGUUACUGACACUAUACUGGGCCUUUUAGGCACUCUUUUAUAGUGACAGAAAAAUACUAAAUUUUAAGAGUUUCAGCCCAGAGGAAAUACAGGUGGCAGUCCAGGAAUGGAAGCUAUUUGCAUUAAUAAAAUCUGUUUUGAGUUACAAAAGUAUAAAGCAAAACUUGUUAAUUUGGUUUGCUGAGGAACUUUCUCUUGAGCUGGAAAUCGGUAACUUGUUUUCAAAUUUGUAAGGCUUUAGCAAAUGUGGGCUAUGUGUGUUUGCUUUUCUUAUUUGAAAUAAGGCCGCUUAUUUUUACAUUGUCAUUUAAAAUAAGCAUGGUUGAGCCUUCCAAGGAGCAGUUUCUCAGGUGUUGUAAAUCAUCAUAGCUCCAUUCAAGCAACUGGAGCAAAGACAAUUUACAUCAGCUAAACUUUUGUAGUCAAGUCUUGACAUUUCUGGCGUGUGUAUUCACUUUUUCUAAGUCCAACACACUGAACUUGAGUCGGGUGAAUAAAACUCUAGACUCUAGAUCAAAUUUGUUUUACAAACUUUUAAACAUAUAACUUAAAAGAGAAAAUUCACCAGAGUUGACAAACACUAAUUACCACACAAAAUAAACUAACUUUCCUUUAAGUGUUAGUAUGUUUGCAAAUAGCAGCAGCAAUAUGACAGCUGGGGUUUUUUUAAGUGUAAAUUUGUAGCUUAGGAAAGAUUUAAAACCUGCUAGGAAUGGGGACAGAUCUUUAUCCUUAUGACAAACAAAAGAAGUGUAAGCAUCCCUAUGCUGAGUUUUUGCUGAUGUGAAAAGAAGCAUUCAGGAUGAGAGAACAGUUGUCACCAUGCCUAUUUAGGUGAUUGUCUUUUCUGUUGGUCCGGGUGACAGAAGUAGUAAUUAGUGGUCAGUCUUGGUCUUGGUGGACUGAUGAUUGCAUCAAAAGCUAUCCUCACAUCUAGCUGUAACACUUCUUAUGAAUCCCUGAACAGCUGUUAGGCUAUAAUAAUUCUUGAUUUUGUGUUGUAAGCCGAAUUCAAGCUUGGGUUCUAUGGAGGAAAAUGAGCCAGGCCUAAGCUACAGUCUUUGAUGGGCAUCAUCUCUUUCUUAGCAUUCCAUAUAUAACUCACUGCAUAUAGCCCUCAUCUAUGAAAGUCUUUGCUUUUUUGCUUGUUGUAGUCUGUUGAUCUUGUACCAAUUAUUGGUGGGAGUUCCUGUUUGGUAGAGAAGAGAAGGAGAAAAAGCUGAAGUUAGAUCAUUUAAAGAACAAAGCACUUCCAUUUGUCAUCCUCAGUUGUUUUUAUCCAAGUGGCUGAGCAACAAAAUACAACUCUGAGCCAGCAAUGAUCAAUAAUUUUAAGACAGUUAAUUUUGCUCCCUACCCCUUGACAGUACAAAUAGUAUUAUAAUUAAUGGCUCAGAUACAAACUAUUAUUUGUAUUGUAUGCAUUCUUAAGUGUUUUUCAGAGUGCUAUGUCAUAUUAACUGGCGUUGUUUUGGACUUGGGAAAAUAUUCCUGCAUUAACCCUGUUAAUUCGAUUACAUACAAUAAAGGUACAGUAACAUGCCCUUGAUGCAGAAGUGGUGAGGGACCUUGUCAUAAAACAGUAUUUAAUUUUUAAUGAGCCACUUGAGUUUACUAAAUUAAUAAUGUGAAACUUCCUGGCUCUUGGGAAUGUAGCCCAGACUCGUUUAAAUGUUUGUUUUAUGGUUUAAUUUCCAUUCACUGACUAAUAGUUAAAAAAUAAACUUGUUGAACUGUGUAGUUUUACCCACUGAUAUGGAGCAUUUUAUCUGUAAAUAGAGCUUAAUUAAGCUUCUGUCUUUAAAAAGCUGUUUAAAAAGAUAUACAGGACACACGUUUACACAAGAGAUCAUUGAGAUCAAUUAGGUAAAUACAUGUGGCAGUUAACAAAUUAACAAAUAUUAAGAGACCUUGUAGGCAAAGAACAGAAUGCUUGGAGCUUUUUCCAGUCUAUAAUGUAAUGAGGUAUAAGAUGUGAGUGAAUUUUUUACAAAAUAGAACAAUUGUAUUGCCCAAACACAUUAAACCUCUCCUGAAAGCAGAGGUCUGCCACUUUUUCCAGUAAUGCUUAAAAGAGGAAAAAACCCUUGUAAUCUUUAGGCUUUUGCCUCCUUAAAUAUUGUGGUUUUUAAUGGGGAAACAUUUUAAUUUCCAGACUUUGCUUAAAACAUGCUGCUGAGCUAAAAAUCUUGUACGCUAAAUUUUCAAAAGGAGCAACCUUUAUGUUCUUAUUUUUUUUUUUUUUUAAACCUGGAAAAAUUUUGCAUAGUUAUAAUAGGGAAUGUUAAAGAUCAGAAAGGAUGUUAGCAGUGUUUUUAUGCAAAAACUAUCAUACUAAUCUCACUCUUAGCAAAAAAAAAAAAUCAAUAACUUGGCUGCAUUAAACCCUACCUCAACAAGUCAGAGGUACUGUUAAAAAUUUCAGAGUUAAAAGAUUAGCCACAAAUUUGUCAGUUUUCACAGUUGCUAAAUACUAAUGCUGAAGAUCACAGAGUGAUUUUGUUUCUCAUUAAAUCAGCCAAAUUCCAAGAGUUGGAAAAAGGUAUAUUCAGUAUUUAUGAAUAUGUAAUAUGUUAGCUCUUGCUGGAUUAAAUUUGAGAGAGCCUGUCAUAAACACCUUGCAAUUUCUGAAAUCCCAUUAACAUGUAACCAGUUUUCAUCGCACAUAAUUUGCUACAUCAAAAGACUUCACAUCAGUUACUUGUUUUACUCAUUACUUAUAACCAAAAUAUUGUAGAACUGUUUGAACUCCUCUUUACAGAAGUCUUUACUAGUUGCUGAUGCUCACUAUGCCCUUUUCAAGCAAGCAAAGGGGGAUACAUUUAGUUGCUUCAUAUCCAAUAUAUUUGUAUGUAUAUAGAUAAAACCUAAUUUUUUUGCAAAGAUCUCAGGACAUGCAAAACCAAAAUAAAAACUUGGAUUAAUAAAAUCUGAUUUUGGUUUUGACCUUUUUAGAUAAGGCACCAGCUAUGAAUUUCAUAUCAUACAGAUACAGUUUUUUGGGGCUAACUUCUAAGAGUGUGAGCAUCUUCCUGCUUUAUCUUUCUGUACAGCUUUAGAACGGUCCCUUUGGUCUUCGAGUGCCUUGAAGAAAAAAGUGUCUCAAGUACACUCUGCCCAGUUCAAAACCUACCUCUUAGUUGUUUCAUUUUUGGUGGGGAGGCAUCCCCUGCAUCCCUUUCUGUUGAGUGCCUCAGGGCUCUCUCUCUAGCUUUCUUCUACCCCUGCACUCCAUCCUUAUUUUAUCCUUGAGUAUCACUUACAUGAGUGGCAUCUUGCACUACAUCUGUCAUCCCUUUGUUCUCCCUUUCUUUUUGUCUCUGACUUUUGACUCAGAUGGUAAUGAUGACACUAAUUUUUGCGAGUACUGAAUGUUUUAAGCACUAAAGAUAUGACUUAAAGUUAUUUGCCCCUGGUCGUGACUCAUGUCGCUCUUCCUUGCUUUUGCCUUCAGGAUCAGAAAUAUGGGAGUCUUCUGUGAUCCCAACACUUUCAGUACCAUCUCCAUAAAUAUCACUUCUGUAGAACCUUUUAUUCAUGUGUUAAUUCUUUCCAAUCUUGGCUGUAUAUUUCUUGAUCUGUCUAGAUCUCUCUGGCCUCCAAGGGGCCUAGAAUAAUGCUAACAAGAAAUGUUUUUUUUCCACUGCCUCCUAUAUUUGAUAGGUUCCUAAUGGUUUUCGGAUGUAGUUAUUAAUUGCUGUUGUUUCAGAAUUUGAUCUCCAAAUUAUUUAUUUCCUUGCCUCUGGUUCUACAAAAGUAAAAUGAAAGUUUCCUCUUUUGCCUUCCCCCCACCCUUCUAGAACUCUUUCACCUAACACAUCCACAGAUAUCUUUGAGUCAUAUGUUUUAAUUUUCUCCUUUUUCCCCUAGACUGAUCCUCUGAGGAAGCUUUCUAAACCUGUAUAGUAGAAGCCACCUAAAAAUUAGUGGCAUAGCAUACUGUGCAUACAGUCAGGUUCAGCUUCUUGUAUAAUUACAAAAUCUAAUUUUUUGCUGCUACAGUUGAAGUCUUUACAAUGCAAGCCUGUCCUCUUUCUGUCAUCCCUGUUCUCUGAAAAAGAAAAAAAGGGCUAUACUUUAGUUGCUUAGUUUUUCAAAAUUGGGAAUGAAGUGUGUUCUGCAUAGGUUCUUUAUGCCACAUUCAUCACUGAGUUUCAGUGCACAUUCCAGUAGUGAACUCAGCAAUAUGAAAAACAUGUUGCAUAUUUUGUCUUCAUCUUUUUAAAGGUGUAAGUGCAUGAAGUGCCUGUCUUUUUUAUGUUUUUCUUGGGGGGUGGGGGGGGGGAGGCUGGUAUACCAAAUGUACAGAUGGCUGUUUUGUUUUGUUUGUUUUGUUUGUUUGUUUGUUUGUUUGUGUAAGGUGUAGAAGGUGGUCAGGUUUUCAAUGGUCCUUAAUUACUGCAAGACUAAACAUUGGGUUACUCAUCAGGGUAAAUUUAAUGAAUGAGGAUAUUCUGGCCUUAAGAAGCUGUUUAAAAACUAUUAAUACGGCCUGAAAACUGUUUCUUCCUUAGACUUCCAGUACUUACUUGCCUCAAAAUAGUUAACUUGCUUUUUUUCCAGGCAAAUCCAAACAUUGUAGAGAGAUUAAGUUUCUGAACAACUGUGGUUGAACUGCAUAGUCAGAAGAAAGUCCCUUGUAGCCAUAAUACCUAUAAAUCAACUAAGUCCUUGGUGAGCUGUUACUUGCCUGAAAAUGAAUGACAUAGUAUAUCAUGCCUGAAGGAGAGGCUUGAAAGAAAUUAAGGCAGAUAUUGCAUAAAAAUGAUGACAGGCUUCUGCUCCAAAUAAAAGAUAAGUUAAAAAUAAAGGAUGGCAUGCUUUUUCUGCAUUUCCUAAUCGCUAUAAUAGUGUUUUGCUGCUGUGUAGUCACCCAGCUAUAGAUAAUUUCUUUCUAUCUUAAAGUUCCCAGACACUUAACACAGACAUUUUGCUAGCAGCCAGAUAUUUCUGGGGUUGCCAAUUUUUAAUAUGAUGCUCUAAAUAAAAAAGUAGUGGGACAUUCCUUUUUAUAGUUUUUCCCUUGGAAUUUCUGGUAAUUCUGGUGCUCCUUCAGGAAGCUCUGUGGGCAGCAGGGGGCACCUUCUGCUUUUGGAAAAGUAAUAACCCCAAAGCUGUCUUUUUAGAAUGACACAUUUUUCUGCCAGUUAGUUGAGCUUUUGCUGAGAUUAGGUAUUUAAGAUGAGGUUUAGUUACUUCUAUUAUUCUCCUUUGAUUUUUAGAAAGUGACCUGCCUAUUGUUUUUUCCUCGCAAAAAAACCCUUGAUGCUUUCUCUCAUUCAUUCUAACCACUUAGUUGUGCUGCCCUUUUACUGACUUAAAAGUGCCAAGGAAUGCGGGUUAGGAGGUUUUUCUAGUACAAAUAUCUGUCUGAAAUCAACCUCACCUUGCUCUGGGUGUUGGGAAUUUAAACUGGCAACAUUUUCAUAAGACCAGUGCCCCUGUACACAUAGUGAAUAGACUAUAUUUGGCAGUAAAUGGGCAUUGUCUUUGAGACUUGCUGUGUCAAUAAUUUCUGUACACAAACUCCCUACCUGGGUAGAGCUGGGUUAGAAAGCCAUUAAUUUAGGACACUGUAAUUGGUUUCUUUUGGGGAUUUUUUUUGUAAUACGUUCUUUCUCCAUCCUGCUUGUGUCUCGCCCUCUACUUUUGCAUAACAUCAGCAUAUAUGUUAUGUGUUCACUUGUCUACUGAAAUCAGCAGCAUGAGAAUUUUAAUCUAGGUUGCUGUCCAUCCAGCCCAUGGGAUGUCACAAGGCUGGAUUGGGCCUACAGACUGGCCCUAUGUGCCAGAUUCAGCACAUGGAGCUGGUCUGGCACAGAUGCCACAUGCAGUGUGCACCCUAGAUUGGCACCUGUGUGCCAGGUGCAGCACAUACACCAGCUCCAGCUCCUGUGCUCCAUGCAGCUUGUGCUAGAUGGGCUCCAUGCACUGCAAGUGGCAUGCCAGUCUGCAACCCACAAGCAGUACUGCAAGCUGGUUGAUAUAGCUCUGUCUUUGACACCUCUGAUGCACUGUAAUACAGAGAUUUAAAAUGCUGUUUGGGUUAUUCUGAAAUAUUAGAAAUGCUAUAAAAUUGUAGUCAAAAGGUCCAUGCUUUUGUUCAGUGUCUUUGCCAGGGUUCUCUUUUACAAGAGUGGGGAAAUGUGCAAGCUUUGCAAAAAGAACACUUGGAUCAAUUCCACUUGAGAUGCUGUAUUGAUGCUAGAAUUAAGAGGAUACUGGGCAGCAUUUGUUACCCUUUCUCUUUAGUCAGCGUGCAAGCUGAUUACAUGGUUUUGUUUUAUGUUAUUUCUUUAAUUCUGUCUCCAUGCUGAGGUAAAACCCUACAGCUUAAUGAGACUACUAAAACUGUUAUCACUUUAGUAGGUUUAAUUUUCUGAUACAGUAAAGAAAUUGCUUUCCUAAAAUCAAGAGGCAAAAUAUCCAAUGAAUCACUGAGAACUAAUUUAUGCAAUAAGGUCAUCUGUUUAGGAUUAAAAGCACUAUAUUUAAAGAAGAGCUAGCUAAAGACUUUAUCCUGCAUUUGUUGAACACUGCAGCCUCAACUGAUUUCAUGGAAGUUCAGGAUCAAACCUUACAUGUCGCACACGGCACAUUUCAUCUUUAUUUUUUGCUAGUAUGAUCGCUAUUUGGAGCUUGUACAAAGAAGUUUGGCAGCAAUCCUUGGAGUGAAAUGGCUGCAAUGGAAUGAGACUAUCCCCCUGUCUUUGAGUUGGUAGGACAAUACUGUGGUGGGAGGGGAGAUGUCCCCUCUAGUUUUUGGUGACCAAUGGUACAAUUUUGUCCCUAUCUCAUUAUGACAAGCGUUUCCUCAUGUGUAGUUACAGGCUUCCCCAGAAAAUUGUUUUUCCUCUUCAUAAUGCCUUGUUUCUGCCUCGAGAGAAAUCCAGCUGGAUUGUCCUUUUUUUUUUCUUACUCAGUUGCUAGGUUUGUGUCCUUCAUAGUUGAGUGCACCUUUCUUCCAAUUCAAACAUGGUUUUGAAAAAGAAAGUUUAAUUAUAAUUUACAGAAUGUUUAAAAAAGUUUUAACCCCUCAAUGUACUGUUGUAUAUCUUAUUUUUAUGACUGGGAUGAGGUGUGCCGCUUCAGUGUUUGAGGUGCUGGGCCUUUGGAUAUGUACGGUAACCAACCUUCUAAUGUUCAAAGUAAAAAGAAGUAGCCAUAUAAUGCAUCUGUCUCUUUACUGUGUGUUAUACUAAACCCUUCUUACAAAAUCUGUUGUAGAAUUAUUUUGGGACCUUUCAACACUGCAUCAAUUACUUUAAUCAGUGGAAUCGGUGCCUGAGUAUGAAUCCAAAGUGGAGUUUCAAUAAAAUGUCAUAAUAUUUAAAAAAUGCAGUGCAUGCUACAGAAAGAGUAAUGAAGUAACAUUUCCCCCCCUGGCUGAGAAACUGUUCAACAUCUUAAAGUUUAGAGUUGUUAUAAGCAGUUGGGAGAAUUGAGCUUUUUCUGACUUUCCAUAUUUUCCCUGUUACAACUUGAUCCAUUUACUGUUUCACUUGGGAGCUGCUGUCAGCAAGCAAUAAAAGGGGUCAGAAGUAACUAAAGGAAAGCUGCCAUGUAGGUAGACUGACUAACCAGAAUACUGUGGGGAAACUUCCUACUGUCAGCAAUACAGAACUGAAAAAUUAAAACAGUAAGAAUCCAUCAAAAAUAAUUAUUUUUGCUUAUUUCAGUCCUGGCUGGCCUUAACGAAAAUUAAUUUUGGCCUUUGAUUAAACUGCUGGGAAUGUUGAUGGUCUGACUUCACAGCUUGGUCUUCAGGUUUAAUACAGAGUGAGAGAUGUGAUUGAGGAGGGAAUAACAAGGAGAGUUGAUAACAGUUGUAAGUGACUAUAGUGCUCAGUAUUUCACAUGUGCUGGUCCAAAAAUGGCACUUUGUUAAAAUAUUAAAGCUAGAAAAAUGCUCUGACCUCUUCUCUGUGUGUGUGCUGACUUGCUCGGACUUUGCAAAACAAUAGGGAAACCACACAUUGGCAAAGCCUAUGAAACGUGCAAAAAUUAGGAACCCAUGACGUAGCUAUUGACAAAGCAGUUGGCACUGCUCAGCUUUUUAGCAGAAAUGCACCCUCUCUUUUUGCAUUGGUAACCCAACACCAGAUGAUGAAUUGAAGCACUGUUUACAUCCCUGUUCUGUGAAACAUUCAUACUUUUUUUUUCUUUAAGGGAGGAAGAAAAAUCCCAGUGAGAAUGAGAAAUACCUGUUAAGCUUCACAAUCCAGACUCCCUUCUCCACAAGCUUUGAGCAAAAACAGGAAAUUCUCUGUGGGCUAGAACCUAUACUUGUGGGUUCAUAGGAUUUUCUCUGCUGCUCACUACCAUAGCAUGUGAGUAGUUCAUGUAUGUUAGUUUGUUCUCACGUUGCUCCUGUGAGAUCUGAAGCCAUUAUCCCCAUUCCAUAGGUGGGAAAUUUGAGUGAUUGCUUGAGGUGUACAGAAGUAAAUGCCAGGGUGGGGACAGAGCCAGGUAUUUUUGAAUAUCUGUCUACUACCCUAACCACAAGGCCAUCAUUUCUCUCUUUGUUUUUAGGCACUUUGUACACUCCCUUCUGUGUAAGGCUUCUCUGGCAAUGGCCUGUAUUAUAAUAAAAUACUUUAUAAUGUACUAGAUAGUUUAUACUGUAUAAUACAUGAGUGUGCGUCUCAGUGAGUAGUUGCACUAAAGCUGAUAUGUGGAGGCAAAUGUCAUGUAUAAAAUAAGUGAUAACACAUUUUAGUUUGCUUAUGGUCUGGAACUCUAUCCACUCGGUCAUGUUUCUGAUCUAAACAAAUCAGGUUCCAAUUCCUGGUAAGUACUGAAUAGGAAAUGUCUCCGUGUAUGUGUUUCAUCAAGUCUUGAUUUCAAAUAAUUCAGCUGGAAGAACACUAGCUAGCUGAUACAUGGCCCAUAUAUGAUGGUGGGAACAGAAAAGCCGAAGCUUUAAUUUUUCAGAUGAUUCAAAAUAAUACCAUUUGUACAUCCUGUGACGCUUCAAGUUAAUUGCUGCAUCCUGGUCAAAUUCCAACUUUUGUAACAGCAUUCUAUUUCCUUAUGUAGACCUUGUGACUUUUAACUAUAGUAUCCUACACUUCCUGAUUUGUCUGAACCGUUUGCUGUUGCUGGAUGCUAUUAAAACUAUAAAAAUAUUCUCUAGGUAGUUGAUAAGUCCAAUUCACUGCUAACUAUGAAAAAUCCUGUUCUGGAGAUCUUAAGGAAAACAUUACAUAGGGAAAAUUACAAAGCAGCCAAAGAUGCUAGUUUGACACUCCAGUUUAGUUGCAGAUUUGUAAGAGAAAAUUAUUCAAAUUCCGUUUCCUCCAUGGUGCGUCAGAAUGUGUUGGUAACAAUGUAGGUAGAGUUCAGCCCCUUCUGUUUAAAAAAAAAAAAGGAUGUUUAUUUCUUAUGUUUUAUGUUCUUGAAUCAUUUAAAGGAAAAUAUCUAGUUGGUCUGAAAUUUCUUAUGGUUGUGAAUUUGUGUCAAAAAUUUAGUAUUUCUUGGAGCUUUUCUGAUGUUACAGGAAUAUGACAUUUCUGUUCUCAUACACAGGUACAAUCUCGCUCAUACUUUUUUGCAGUCAUCUCAAGCAUAAUUUCAUACCUUGCCAUAAUUAAGCCUCUGUGCCUUUGACAUGUUUAAAAAAAAUUGAUACAGAAAUAUUGUAAUGUGGUGUUUAAAAUACUAUAUAAAGCAUUUGUCAGUGUUUUCUGGUGUGUGAUGUUACAUGUUAACAAGAAAGCAUUGACAAAAAAUACUUCAUAUAGACCAAUAAUUGUAUCCAAAAUAAAAGUUAAUAUGGACUAUA